UAUAGAGGUACCACAACAUCAAAUGUGGCUGAGGUAGCAGUGUUUUCACGAGACGGUGACUCCGGAAUGACAAUCACAGAUGCCGGAGACACGAAGCCGAAGGAUGACAUGAUCUUCAACGCUCUUGGGGCAACUGACGAGUUAUCAUCUUACAUAGGACUAGCAAGAGAGUUCGCUUGCGACAGCAAAGUUGAACAUCCAUAUGUCGAUAAGCUUAAAAGAGUACAGAUGAUCUUGUUUGACCUGAACCAUGCCAUAUCGAAGUCCAUGCCUGGAAAGACUAAGUCCUUCGAAAACAAACACACCAAAGAUUUGGAAGAAUGGAUUCUCGAAUACGCGAAUCAGCUCCCUCCUCCUGAGGACUACAUCAUUCCCGGCGGCGGAAAAGCUUGCGCUUCUCUGCAUGUUGCACGAACGGUAUGCAGGCGUGCCGAGAGGAGUAUCACGACAUUAGUACGAGAGGAUGCUCUAGAUAAAGAGGCACAGACAUAUUUAAAUAGAUUAUCAGACUUCCUUCUAACAGUAUCACGUAUUGCAGCCAAAUGUGAUCAACGUACGGAAAAUAUUUAUAUUCCGCGAGCGGAUGUGAUGGAAGAGAAACAAAAGGACUGAUUUACAAAUUUUUAGGAUAUCAACUUUUGCACACAGGACAAAUAUAAUACACAUA